AUUAUAAACGUGGUGGAAUUAUGAUGUGAUGAUGUGGUUGAAUUUGGUGGAUGGGACUGGUGUUGGUUUGGGAGAUGCGUGUGGAUGGCGCUGCCUGCUUCCAACUCGCACUACAACCAGCAAACCGGAUGAGUCCAUCAACAACACCACCGACAAGUGUUUGUUCAAACUCUGCACCGGGGUAUAUAUUUCCAUAUAUCCCACCGGCAGAGCAAUACAGUUAUAUUUGGAACGUUUGUGUGGAUGUACCAUUUCGUGCUGUCUACUAAAGAAACGUCGUAUUAUUUCUCACGAGUCGUCUUCUCGUCACCACAUCAGCCGGAACUUUUUUCCAAGACACCUAACUAAUUAUUUGUUGCGAAUUUAAUUGUUUGCAACCCGUGAAAUCAACUUUUACUAGUUCGUAAGGUAAGAGAGUAACUUUCGUCAUGUUUUGACCGGUGGGUGACCUGGUAAGGUCAACCCCGGAGUCAUUUAUAGUGGAGGAGAAGGAGGACGGAAAAAGUUGGUUGCACCGGGGUUUAUAUUACUAUAUAACCCACCGGCAACGAAUAAUUUUAUCUUACAUGAAUUUAUUUUUCUUCUUCUCUUAGACAUCUCUCUUCCGAAGGUCAUCUUGACAAAAAAUGUUGUCGUGUAAAUUUGGAUGUGGAACGAAGAGGGAGACGAUGUCCAGCCUGGCAAUCCACGAACGACAGUGUCGACUAAAUACGUCUCCGCCAUCAUCUGCAACGUCCAUCCCCUCUCCUAGGGUCGAAAUUAGUCAAGUUAACUCGACGAAAUAUGUCGACACGAGCGGAUAUGUAGCUAAAUCUGCUACCACAGUUGACAUCAAGAGACCGAAAACCGAAACAGUUACGCGUCGAGCAAUAUAUGAUGUCAGUUCCGACUCCGAUGAGGAUUUUGCCGAUGGUGGGAUGAAAGGUCAGCAGCAACGGGCAAAGUGGUUCACUCCACAGAAGAACCGGAGGGAGGAUGAAAAUACAGGGAAACGUGUUUCCAAGUCCGAAGAGACUAGAGAACGUGGAUCAUCCGGUGGGCCGCAUGGCAAUGUGAACCCCGGCGGUAAUGGUGGUGGCGACAAUUAUGCUGUCACUCCGAACAAGAUGAAAAUUAAAGGUGAAAUUAAAUACCUGUCUGCUGGAAGAUUAUGUAACGUAAUAUGUACUUACUAUUGUUUUAUAGCUUUGGGUGACUGCACUCUUCGGGCAGUUAACACUUCUGGAGCUAUGUGUCAAGUUAUCUCAGGUGGUGAUGCAGGAGGAGGAGCAGCAGAGGUGCGGUUCUCACCCGGUGGGUCAAGUGGAAACUUGAACCCCAGUGGUGGUGGUGAUAAGUCUGCCGUCUCUUCAAGGAAAAUAAAGAUUCGAGUUCUUUCUGACUCUCCGGUCCGUGCUGCGACUACUUCUCGAGGUGUGAGCAAACUCUCAUCAGGUCGAAGUGACAUUGGUGGUGAGGGAACGAAGUCACCAAGUGGAGGAACAGGUCUUCGAGAAGUGAGUCGUGCCGAGUUGGAGGAUAUCAACGUUUCUCAUCAGCAAGUUCUGAUGGACAUUGAUAAGUUGGAAGAAGAGAUCUCGUUGGAUGAAAUGACCGAUAUGUUAAAAGAUGCGGGGAGUGAUGUUAUUCCUAGGAAUAUCGUGUGGAGGACGUGUGGGAAGAACGAAUCACCAAGGAAAGGGAGAAGUCAUUAUGUCCAUAACGUAGGGCCACGAUUAGACAGACCACAUCUGAACCAUUAUGUUCAUCUUCCCACUCGACUUUUUCUCACCCGUAAACAGUUGUUAUCUGGUGGCAACAGAAUUUACGAUGAUGCUCGAACCCCAGAACAAAAGUCACGUCAGAAUCAUACGCAUAUGAUCCGAUAUUACAACAACCGGGACGAAAUUCGCCAGCAAGAAGACGAGAUGUCUAAGCACAUCCUGUAUUUUUACAUCUGCAUUGCUAAGGAACUGGUUGAGGGAAAAUCAACAGGGGAGGUAUGGAGGAUGCUUGGAAGUAUGACAUCUUCUAAACUCAACCGUAGUAUUUAUAUUGGGGAACACAAAACGCAUGGGCCCAUUCAAGCCCGUCGGUCACAUUCCAAUGAAGAAAACUCUGCUGUUCGUCAAUGUCACUCAAAAGGAUUCCGCAUCUUUGAGGGAUUAGCCCAAUGCAUGGAUUCUAUAGACGAUAUUAAGCAUUAUGAGUCUUAUUACAUCUUUGCACUACAACGACAAGCUAAGAAAGAAAAAGGGUUAAGCAUGCUGAACAGAGAGUAUGGAAUAAUCAUCGCACCCGAUUUUAUGUUAAAGGCGUUCAACUUUAUUGACACCGGAGGUUCAAUCUUAACAUUUUCAGAUGACACAACACAACCGAAUAAUUUCUACUCUGGAUUUGUUUGCAAGAAGUGUGAUUUUAUAGAUAGGACCCACUGGUUUGAUAAUACCGAUACUGUUUAGAUUGAAAGAAUAAAGUUUUUUGAAUAUCGUCUCCGUUACCUGCGGUAGCACUAUAAUAAAAUUUGUCUUAGUUAAUAGUUUUUACUUUUAGUUUUUUAGUUUAGUUAUUGAAGUUUAGAAGAAAAAGUUUAGUUAAUUAAGUUAAGUAAAAAAUAAAUCCACAUCACUGCACCACAAAUGACAAAGCCUAAUAUCCUAGCCUUAGGAUACAACUUUGAACAUAAUAAAUUAUAACUUUUAAUUCCCUUUAAAUUCAGAUCUGCCUCCCUGUACCACCCACAGGUUAGUUGUAGAACAAAGCUCAAAGCGUAAUAGUAACGCUUUAAAAACGAUUCCAUGUUUGUAUAGCGGCGUGCCAUCGUGCAUUUAAAGCAGACCAAG